UUACACCACGUCGAGGAGGAUUCACAACGUGCUCGCCAUUGCUUAGCAAUGUUAAGGUGGUCUGUAAUUAAUUUUGAGAUUUUCAUGAAGGCAGGUUGGAAAAGCAACCCUAAAAUGAUUAGAAUUUCAACCCCACGGGUUGCACUUAAGCUCUUAACCGCAGUUUUCAAAGAACAACCUGAUGAUGAGCUUCGAUCUGUUGCCACGAUACUACAAAUGCUUAGAAAAAAGGUAAUUACUAUGACAUUGAAACUUAUACCCGUUCGUGGUCCUGGCAAUGCCGGUUACGGUUCAGCAAGGUCGGACUUCGCCGCAAUUGUGAAUAACAAUAAUGAUUUACAAUUUGCAUUUUUCCUUGUGGAGUUCGAACAAAAUGGAUUUGAAGUCCACAAAGAUGAUAUCGUUGUUAUCGCUGAAGCAGUGCAUGAAUUCAAUCGUAUACUAUCUUUGAUGCACUACCCAGAAAAGGAAGUAAAUGAAACGGUUUUGCAUAUUGGUCUGGUGAACGACACGACAAUUCGAUUCGGUAGUCUUCGCCCAAUAUAUUACCAAGAAAAAUCAACACUAUUUUAUAUUUACGAAGACGAGAUACUCUCAUUUAAUCUCCAUGAAAAAAGUAUGGAGACAAAUGUUGAAAGGGUAUUGCGCCUAGUAACUUACCUACGAGAAACAGUUUGUGCGGACAGAAUGCGGAUAAGAAUGUUAUUAAACAGGCAUCCGGCACAAUUCAAUUAUGACUUAAAAGCUGCCCUACCAACACUACCAGGUGAAGCUGUUCAAUCUCGAACAUUUAAAGUGAAGUUCACACCGCCUUCAAAACGGGUAAAAUAUAAUGUAUAUAAUGCAGAUUUCGAAUGGCUCGUCAUCGAGUAA